AUGACAUCGUUAAAUAAUAAAUAUAUAAAUGAUGAUAAAAAUAUAAAUAAAAAUAAAAAUAAAAAUAAUAAUUUUAAUAAUUUUAAUUUUAAUAAUAUAAUUAAAAAUGAUGAUAUAAUAAUAAAUAAUAAUAAUAAUAAUAAUAAUAAUAAUAAUAAUUAUAAUGAUAAUUUAUUUUUUAAAGUUUUUAGAAAUAAAUAUUUAUUUUAUAUUAUACUAAAACAUUUAAAAAUAUAUAAUAGAGUUUUAAAAUAUAAAUUAACAUAUGGACCUUAUUCAACUAUUGGACCUCCUGGUUUAUUUUUUACUGAUCAACAACAGGACAAUAAAGACAAUGAAAAAAUUAGCGAUAAUAAUAAUAUUGAAAAUUUUAAAAAAAUUAUUAUAAAUGAUGAAAAUAAUGAUUAUAAUAAAUUAAAAACUUUUAAUGAUAAUAAUAAUAAUAAUAAUAAUAAUAAUAAUAAUAAUAAUAAUAAUAAUAAUAAUAAUAAUAAUAAUAAUAAUAAUAAUAAUUAUUGUUUUGAUGAACCAAAUGGAAUUUAUUGUAAUGAUCCAAUACCAGUUGGUUGUAUACCAAAUUCUGUAGUAAAAUUAAUUGUGAAUAUAAAUAAACCAAUUUUAAAAGAUGUUUUACCAAAUUCAAUUUUAGAAUUAAUAUUUGAAGAUGAAUUUAAUCAAAAAAUAAUUAAUGGAACUUUAUCAACUCAAUUGGAGUUAAUUAAAUUUGGUAAUGAUUUUAAUCAACCAUUUAAUUUUGAUAAAAAUAAUUUUAAUUUCUUUCCAAAAAAUUUAAAACAAAUUUCAUUUGGUGAUAGUUUUAAUCAAAAUAUUAAUAAAGGUUUAUUAAUUGAUUUGAAGAUGUUGGAAACUUUGCAAUUUGGAUUGGAUUUUAAUAAAAGUAUUGAUGGUUUUGGAAUUUUACCAGACAGUAUUAAAAAUUUAAUUUUCUCUAAAAAAACUUAUAAACAAUCAUUUCAUCCAUUAUUUUUCCCAAAAUCAUUAAUAAAUUUAAAAGGUUUUUAUUAUGAUUUACCAAUUACUAAAGAAUUAGGACUUGUUAAUAAAACAAAUUUAAAAUCUUUAAUUUUUAGUAACCAAUUUAUAAAUUUUAUUGAACCAUAUUCAUUACCAUCAUCAUUGGAAACAAUUAUAUUAUCUUCAAAUUUUAAUUUACCACUUCAUAAAGGUAUAAUACCAUUUGGUGUUUUAAAUUUAUCAUUUGGUAAAAAUUGGAAUCAACCUUUAAAAAAAUUUGAUUUACCAAUUACAAUUAAAUCAUUAAAAUUUUCAAAAGAUUUUAAUCAAUUAAUUAAUUUUGAAAUUUUACCAAAAUCAUUAGAAAUUUUAUAUUUUGGUGAGAAAUUUAAUCAAAUGUUAGAACCAUUUAUAUUACCACAAUCAAUAAAUUAUUUAAAGAUUGGAAAAUCAUUUAAUAAACCAUUAUUAAAGAAUUCAAUACCAAAUAAUGUUAAAAUUUUAAAAUUGGAUUGUAAUAUUUCAUUGAUAUUAUCAAAAGAGAAUUAUAUGAAUUCAAUUCCACCAUCAAUUACCUACUUGAAAUUAAGUUUAAAUAGUAGUGAAUUCACAAUGAAUACAUUUAUACCACCAACUGUUAAAUCAUUAAAACUUGGAAGUAAAGGAAAACAACCAUUAGGUAUAAUUCCAAAAACUAUAAAAUCAAUUAAAUUCUAUUAUGAAUUCAAUCAAUUAUUAUCUGAAAAUUGUAUACCAUCAACAGUUGAAUCAAUUUCAACAAAUGGUAUAAAUAAUAUUCAAAAAUUAAUUGAUUUUGGUUAUAAAGUUAAUUAUAAACCACAUGAAAAUUUAGAUUUUAUAUUUUUAAAAUAA